GAGCUGAAUAUAUUGUAAUGAAAAGCCACAGAGGUGACGAUUUUGCUUGUGGUGAUAGAAAAAAAAAAACAUUUUAAUCUCUGAUGACUCUCUUCUCGUGACUUCUACACAAAUAACACACGAUCGCAGCUCCAACUCACCUGGAGCACCACCUCAGUUCAUUUGGUUCCACUUUGAGUGCCACACACUGGCGUGAUCGUGUGCAGAAAACUCGUGAAAAAUACCCCAUAAUUUCCCCCGUCUGCAGUAAAAGUGAUUUAAUCCUUUCUGGGAAAUACCGUGGCUUUCCCCCUAGUUAAUCCCCAUUUGAUAAGAGAUCGCGGGAAAAAUGCCUAAACAUGAGGGGAAAAAGAAGGAAUACUCUCGAGUCCAACAAGGAGAGCAACCUCAAGCCAGUUCCAGCAUGGGGGCUAUGUUCCGGAGCGAAGAGAUGGCCUUGUGCCAGAUGUUCAUUCAGCCCGAAGCGGCCUACACCUCCGUUUCCGAGCUGGGUGAGACUGGAGCGGUCCAAUUUCGCGAUUUGAAUGCGGAAGUUAACAUCUUCCAGCGUAAAUUCGUCAAUGAGGUUCGUCGUUGCGAUGAGAUGGAGCGCAAGCUGCGCUACAUUGAGGCCGAAGUGAAGAAGGACAAUGUUUCGAUCCCGGAUCUACCGAUCCAAGAUGCUCCAAGAGCUCCAAAUCCGCGUGAGAUCAUCGAUUUGGAAGCUCACCUUGAGAAGACGGAGAAUGAAAUUUUGGAACUCUCCCAGAAUGCUGUAAACUUGAAGUCCAAUUUCCUCGAGCUAACUGAAUUGCGUCAAGUUCUGGAGAAGACGCAGGGAUUCUUUGCGGAUCAGGAUUCCCUCAAUAUGGACAGCAUGAAGAGCAAUUUGAUUGGGGAUGAGAGUGGUGCUGCUGCCCAGCAAGCUGGUGCUGGAAGGCUCGGAUUCAUUGCUGGUGUCAUUCAGCGUGAGCGCAUUCCUGGCUUUGAGCGUAUGCUGUGGCGUAUCUCUCGUGGUAAUGUCUUCUUGCGUCAGGCUGAACUUGAUCAUGCCCUUGAGGAUCCAUCAACGGGCAAUCCACUGUACAAGACGGUCUUUGUGGCCUUUUUCCAGGGUGAGCAGCUCAAGAGUCGCAUCAAGAAGGUUUGCUCUGGCUACCAUGCUUCGCUCUACCCAUGCCCAAGUGCCCAUGAGGAACGAGAGGAUAUGCUAAAGGGGGUCCGUACGCGACUUGAGGAUCUCAAUUUGGUCCUCAAUCAGACUCAGGAUCAUCGUCAGCGUGUCCUUGUGAGUGUUGCCAAGGAAUUGCCAACAUGGAGUGUGAUGGUGUGCAAGAUGAAGGCCAUCUAUCACACUUUGAACCUCUUCAACAUGGAUGUGACGAAGAAGUGCCUCAUUGGGGAGUGCUGGGUUCCCGUUUUGGAUCUUCAGGUUGUGCAGAAGGCUCUUUCCGAUGGAUCAGCUGCUGUGGGCAGUACAAUCCCAUCAUUCUUGAAUGUUAUCGAGACUAAUGAGCAGCCACCAACAUUCAAUCGUACCAACAAGUUUACGCGUGGCUUCCAGAAUUUGAUUGAUGCCUACGGUGUGGCUUCGUACAGGGAAUGUAAUCCAGCUCUGUACACCAUCAUCACAUUCCCCUUCCUCUUCGCUAUUAUGUUCGGUGAUUUGGGACAUGGAGUCAUUAUGGCACUCUUUGGCGCUUGGAUGGUGAUCUGGGAAGAGAAGUUGGCCAAUAAGAAGGCAGGAGAAAUCUGGAAUAUCUUCUUCGGUGGACGCUACAUUAUCCUUCUCAUGGGCCUGUUCUCCAUGUACACGGGCUUCGUGUACAAUGACAUCUUCUCCAAGGCAAUGAAUAUCUUCGGUUCACGCUGGAGGAUCAACUACAACACCUCAACAAUUAUGCGGAACACCGAUCUUACCCUGGAUCCCGCCAAUGAGGACUACGACGAAGAUAUCUAUCCACUUGGUUUGGAUCCAACGUGGAUGUUGGCAACAAACAAAAUUAUCUUCCUCAAUUCCUACAAAAUGAAACUCUCCAUUAUCUUUGGAGUCGUUCACAUGAUCUUCGGCGUGUGCAUGAGUGUUGUGAAUUUCAAUCAUUUCCGUCGCCGUGCAAGCAUCCUCCUGGAGUUCCUGCCACAGGUUGUUUUCCUCAUUCUUCUCUUCCUCUACAUGGUCUUCAUGAUGUUCUUCAAGUGGAUCAACUACGGCUACAAAGGAGCACCAUUCAUUCAGAGAGCUGGCUGUGCCCCAUCAGUCCUCAUUAUGUUCAUCAAUAUGAUGCUCUUCAAAGAAGGCAGUCCCCUUGAUCACUGCGAAGAAUUGAUGUUUGACGGACAAUCAAUGCUGCAGAUGAUCUUUGUAGUUAUCGGUGUAAUAUGCAUUCCAGUCAUGUUGCUCGGGAAACCGCUGUACAUCAUGACACAGCGCAAGAAUAAGGGUCACGCGGGGCACAACGGGGACAUCAAUCAGGGUAUGGAAAUGUCUCCAGAGCCAGAGGAGCCCAAAACAUCCACAGAAGCUCCAUCAGGGGGUGCCCAUGGGCAUGAUGAUGAACCCAUGUCGGAGAUCUUCAUCCAUCAAGCCAUCCAUACCAUCGAAUACGUUCUCAGUACGAUCUCUCACACAGCUUCGUACCUUCGAUUGUGGGCCUUGUCACUCGCUCACGCACAAUUGUCUGAGGUGCUGUGGAACAUGGUGAUGACAAUGGGUCUGAAGCAUGAUAGCUACGUAGGAGCUGUAAUGCUCUUCUUCAUCUUCGGCUUCUGGGCCCUCGCCACACUGGCCAUCUUGGUCAUGAUGGAGGGUCUUUCAGCCUUCUUGCACACCCUCCGUCUCCACUGGGUGGAGUUCAUGAGCAAGUUCUACGAAGGUCUGGGCUUCCUGUUCCAACCCUUCAGCUUCAGAGCCAUCCUCACUGCUGAUGAGGAUGCCUAAGUUUUCCCCUCAAAAGAGCUUUGCUGAAGCGGUCUUAGUCGCAACACUCGGUGUUGUAGCGGCACUAUUAAAUUGUUUGAAAUAAAACAUAUUCCAUUGUUGAGCAAUUAAA